ACUAGUGCUCGCGGGCCGCGGCGGAGGGCUUCUCGCUGCGCUGCUCUCUGCCACUCGCCCGCAGGUCGGCGCGCUCGCGCACCUGAGCCGCACAGGGCGGCGAGGUCGCGGAACAGUGUGCUUAGCCGCGGGGGAAAGAGGCAGCUAGUUCGAGCUCCGAGAUGGGGAGCAGGCGAAGUUGACGAGUCCCCAGCUCACGCCGCGCCGCUCCUGCCCGGAGGUGCGUUGCCCGCGUCCAGAAGGUGUCCGCGCGCGGCCCUGCCCCAGGGACUGCAGCCUGCGGUCUGUCGUGCGUGCUUGUUUGCGAAAGGAGCCGCCCCGGGGAGAAGACGCGGCGGGGAGUUUUUGCCCCCGGCGAGACGGGCAGCCCAGCCGAGGGGUUUGGGCGGCCUGGAUGCGCAGGACCCGGCCCCGCAGCCGCUGACGCCCGGCGGCGGCGGCGAAGUUUGGCUGCUGAGCGGCGCGGCGCCGGGCCACUGGACAGAGGGCGGCCCGGCUGCCGCGGCGGCGGGAGCGAUGCCCGUGGGGGGCCUGUUGCCGCUCUUCGGCAGCCCCGCGGGCGGCGGCCUGGGCGGCGGCCUGAGCGGGGGGCUCGGGAGCGGCGGCGGCAGGAAGGGGUCGGGCCCCGCCGCCUUCCGCCUGACGGAGAAGUUCGUGCUGCUGCUGGUGUUCAGCGCCUUCAUCACGCUCUGCUUCGGGGCGAUCUUCUUCCUGCCGGACUCCUCCAAGCUGCUCAGCGGGGUGCUGUUCCACUCCAGCCCCGCCUUGCAGCCGCCGGCCGACCACAAGCCCGGGCCCGGGGCGCGCGUCGAGGACCUGGCCGAGGGGCGAGCCCGGCGCCGCGAGGAGGGCGCGCCCGGGGACCCGGCAGCUGCCCUGGAGGACAACUUGGCCAGGAUCCGCGAGAACCACGAGCGGGCUCUCCGGGAAGCCAAAGAGACCCUGCAGAAGCUGCCCGAAGAGAUCCAAAGAGACAUCCUGCUGGAGAAGGAGAAGGUGGCCCAGGACCAGCUGCGUGACAAGGCGCUGCUCCGGGGGCUGCCCCACGUGGAGUUCGCGCCCCCGGUCGGGGUGCAGAGCGCGGAGCCUGCUGACGCCGCCAUCCGCGAGAAGAGGGCCAAGAUCAAAGAGAUGAUGAAACAUGCUUGGAAUAAUUAUAAAAGUUAUGCCUGGGGAUUAAAUGAACUAAAACCUAUAUCAAAAGAAGGCCAUUCAAGCAGUUUGUUUGGUAACAUCAAAGGAGCAACUAUAGUAGAUGCCCUGGAUACACUUUUUAUUAUGGACAUGAGAGAUGAAUUCCAAGAAGCAAAAUCAUGGAUUGAAGAAAAUUUAGAUUUUAAUGUGAAUGCCGAAAUUUCUGUUUUUGAAGUAAAUAUACGCUUUGUUGGUGGACUACUCUCAGCCUACUAUCUUUCAGGAGAAGAGAUAUUUCGAAAGAAAGCAGUGGAACUUGGGGUAAAAUUGCUGCCUGCAUUCCAAACUCCCUCUGGAAUACCUUGGGCAUUGCUGAAUAUGAAAAGUGGUAUUGGAAGGAACUGGCCCUGGGCCUCCGGAGGCAGCAGUAUUCUGGCAGAAUUUGGAACUCUGCAUUUGGAGUUUAUACACCUGAGCCACUUGUCAGGAAACCCCAUCUUUGCUGAAAAGGUAAUGAAUAUUCGAAAAGUACUGAACAAACUAGAAAAGCCAGAAGGUCUUUAUCCUAACUAUCUGAAUCCCAGCAGUGGACAGUGGGGUCAACAUCAUGUAUCAGUUGGAGGACUUGGAGACAGCUUUUAUGAAUAUUUGCUAAAGGCAUGGUUAAUGUCUGACAAGACAGAUCUGGAAGCUAAGAAGAUGUACUUUGAUGCUGUUCAGGCCAUUGAGACUCACUUGAUCCGCAAGUCCAGCAGCGGCCUGACUUACAUCGCGGAGUGGAAAGGGGGCCUUCUGGAGCACAAAAUGGGCCACCUGACCUGCUUUGCUGGGGGCAUGUUUGCGCUCGGGGCUGAUGGGGCUCCCCAAGGCCUGGCUCAACACUACCUUGAACUCGGGGCUGAAAUUGCCCGUACCUGUCACGAGUCAUACAAUCGCACGUUAAUGAAACUGGGACCAGAAGCUUUCAGAUUCGAUGGUGGUGUUGAAGCCAUUGCUACAAGGCAAAACGAAAAAUACUACAUCUUACGCCCAGAAGUUAUCGAGACUUACAUGUAUAUGUGGCGACUGACUCACGAUCCCAAGUACCGGAAAUGGGCCUGGGAAGCUGUGGAGGCCCUGGAGAGUCACUGCCGAGUAAAUGGAGGCUAUUCAGGCCUACGGGAUGUUUACCUCCUUCAUGAGAGUUACGACGAUGUACAGCAGAGUUUCUUCCUGGCAGAGACACUGAAAUACUUGUACUUAAUAUUUUCUGAUGAUGAUCUCCUUCCACUGGACCAUUGGAUCUUCAACACUGAGGCUCAUCUUCUCCCUGUACUCCGUACAGAUCAUAAGAAAGUUGAAGUCAACAAGAAAUAAAAAGAAAUUUUACUCUGCUCCAUCCCCCUCACUGCAUACCUUAACAAUUCCUUUUCUGAUUAUCAGGCACAUGAUGAACUUUUAUUAAUAGAUCAGUCAUUAUUCUCUAAGUUCUUAAAUUGUUUUGCAGUCUUUUAUGUUUAUUAUCAUAGGCAUAAGUGGACCUAAAUCUCUUAUUGUAGCCUUUAUUAUUCAGCCAGUAGAUCCACUGUUUGGGGUUUUGGUUUUGGUUUGGUUUUUGGUUUGGUUUUUGUUUUUAAGUAUCUGUUACCUCUGGAGUUGACCGAAGAUGUAAUGUCAUUUUUAUUAGACUGAGUAGAAUGGUUUAACAAUGACCUCUUAAUUACAAUUUGAUUUGACUGCAAAACUUUUUCCUCCUCUGUGAGGAGAUGAUGUCUGCUUUAAGCUGUAAUGUUUUGCCAUGUUGCAAAAAGCCAUAAUAAUAAAUUAACUAUUAGAAAAGCUUUUCCUUUCCAAUGUCAUGUUAAUCUGGUUUGUCUAUCCACCAGAGACAGAUCUUAUGACUGUGACAGCCUCCUUAUGUGGGUCUAUCAUUAUUUGAUAGCGUGUCUUCUAAAAUACUUCCCUCACAUUGUAAUUCAAAUUAGAAAGGCAUUCCAAAAGAAUCAUCUCAUGGUGACCUCAUUGCAUCAAAACUGCAACAUAUUUUUGUUGGUUAAUUAUAUUAAGUGUUUCCCAAUUGGUGAAUUUGACAACUUUACUUUAAAUGCCCUGUGUCAUUUCUGAAUCGUGCACUGGUUAAUUUCUUUCCGUCUCUAGUACACGGUGAGGUGAGCUCUCAAAUUUUGCAGAAUUCUAUGACUGAAGUAUAUUUUUUUAAGAGAAAUGGUAUUAAUGUAUUAGCUUUUGCUUUUAACUGAAUAUAUGAAGAAAUUAGUUCUCUCUAAAAAGAGGGUGAGUAUUUCAUAUGGCUUUUAUUUAGUUCAUCUGUAACUUUGGAUGUUUUUAUUUCAUCUGUAACUUUUUCUUGAGAAAAGAAAAUAUUCCAUUUGGUUCAGAUUUUUCAUAUUUGAAAAAGGCCCUUUCUCAAAUAAAGUAAAUUAUUUCAUUUCCAUUUAUGAAAGCAGGAUUUGACUCCGUGAUAAAGGCUGUGCCAAUUUAUUUAUUCGUGGUCAAUUAAAGAAAAUAAUAAGCUUUUAGACCAAAUAAGAAUAUAGUAUGUUUAGUUUGAUUACUUUAAACAUAAGAGAUCCCAAUUUAGAACCAACAUAUAGAAAUGAUCACUCAAUCCCCAACAAUUCUGCAAUAAAUCAAAAUAAUUAUAUGACUCUUCUAAACAUUAGGCUUUAAAUAUGAAUGGUUUUCCCAAGAGUAGAUUGGUGAUACCUUGUGUUUUCUUGGCAUUUUAGUUCAUUUUACAUACAUACACACAUACAUAUCCAUGAAAUUAUAUAUAUGUGUGUGUGUGUAUAUAUAUAUGAUGAUGCAUAUUCUGAAGUUAAAAGACUUUGACCACCUAAAUUUUCAACCUACACUGGUCAGACAGAUCAGUGCAACCCAAUAACUAAGCUGAAGCAUAUGAAAUUGCUGUUUAAAAACUAUAUAAUAUAACAUCAGCAAUUUCAUAAGGUUCAACCUAAUAUUUUUUAAGACAAUUAUUUUCUUAAUCUCAAUAACUUCAUAGUUUAGCUAUUUCACCUUUUGAAAAUCUUUCAAAUGAUUUCCUUUGUCUGAUAGGGCCACUUGUGUGAUCUGCCUUCCCUCCACUCCAAUUAAACAUUGGUAUAUGUCAAAGAAUAAAUUAGUAAAAUUAGUGAAUGAAAAAGAUUCUCCAGUACAUCAUAAUUGCUAAGUUAGUGAGUCUCUGUGAUCCAGAACAACUUCUUCCUCUCAUAUCUUCUGCUUACCUAGUCAAUGAAUAGAUAUCAAGAGCCCUUUGUUCCCAGGACUUUAAGGCAAAGUAUAAAAAAAGAUUAUUGCCAAAAUUGGGCCAUAUGUAUUUAAAUUAUAACUUUUUAUGUGAAUGUCCUUUGACAAUUUAAUUCAUUUUCUUGCUUUUUCAUUUUAUUUUAAAGAGCACAAAGCUGCUAAGUGUUUCUGUAGCAGGUACAGUAUCAACAUCAGGUUGUGUAUACAGCACACACAACACUACAAUGUACUUACUAUAUCCUGGCAUAAGUAGACAAGCUGUGCUGCGUGUUGCUGUCUCAAUAGCAAGAGUAAAGGUUUUGCAAUUCUAGAACUUGGAUUUUAAGCAAAAGUACAAAACACCAAAAAUUUAAACAAAAUAAGAGAUUAAUAUUAUAUUAUAUAAUUGAAUUAAAGUUAUUUUAAUUAUUUUAAUAACUGAAGGAUUUAAGUAGAAGCUUUUUCAUUUUCAAUAAAACUGUGCAGUUAAAUUUAUAUAUGUAUUCAUUCCUGAAAGAUGAACCAUGGCACUGAAUUUUGUGUUGAUGCAUACGUUUUUGAUAUACUUCGUGCAAUUAAUAUUAUACAUGUCAGUUGUACAGCAAUUUACCAAACUCAAUGACUUGUUUGUCAUGACUCUUUCAUGUAUACUAUCCAUUUUUUACAUUGUUUUUGAUUUGUACAUAAAUCCAUUCCGUCAUUUCCAAAUUUAUAUAAAUCUCUAAUGUAAUGGGAAACAUAAUAGAUUGACACAUAAUUUUUAAAAAUUAUAUUUGUAAAAUUUCUCUAUUGUGAAUAAAGUCUUUUAAUAUAUCUCCUCA